UUGGUCACCUCCACAUUACUCUAUCUACCUCCUCCGUCUCAAUCCUUAUCUAACCGCCUUUCCUCUGCUUUAGUGUCCCAGGGAGCUCUUAGCUGUUAAACUGAAAGAAACUUAGCAGAGAGAAGAGGUAGAAACAGAGAAAUAUCCAUACCUCCAUAGCCAAUGGCAUUUGCAGGCACAACCCAGAAAUGCAUGGCUUGCGACAAGACUGUGUAUUUGGUGGAUAAGUUAACUGCAGACAAUCGAAUCUACCACAAGGCUUGUUUUAGAUGCCACCAUUGCAAGGGCACCCUUAAGCUUGGCAACUACAAUUCCUUCGAGGGAGUUCUGUAUUGCAGGCCACAUUUUGAUCAGCUCUUCAAAAGAACUGGCAGCCUGGAGAAAAGCUUUGAAGGGACACCAAAAAUUGCAAAACCAGAGAAACCUGUUGAUUUUGAGAAACCACUGGCGAAUAAAGUUUCAAGCAUGUUUGUUGGAACAAGAGAUAAAUGUGUCGGCUGCAACAAGACUGUCUAUCCAACUGAAAAGGUCUCUGUAAAUGGGACUGCAUACCACAAGAGCUGCUUCAAAUGUACUCAUGGAGGAUGUGUCAUCAGCCCAUCCAACUACAUUGCCCACGAAGGGCGCCUAUAUUGUAAACACCAUCACAUUCAACUCAUCAAGGAGAAAGGCAACCUGAGCCAGCUUGAGGGUGACCAUGAGAAGAAUUCAGCCAGAGGCACAGAAGUAGCUGCAGAAUCAUAAUUUACCAUCUGCAGACUUUGAAUUUCAGUGCUUUACCUCUUGGUUUCCUUCUCUUCAACAUCAAUUUGGUUCUCUAGAGCCUGCAUUUUCAUCAAGUUAAGAAUAUUGAUUACAGGCACAAGAAAGUCGGAGUUGUCAAUGUCUUUUGUGGAUGUUCGUGGGCCUUUGAUGGCUAAUCUUGGCUUUGUGUUGUGAUCUUGUAAACCGUUGAAAACUGAUAUCUGAAGGCUUCAAAUUUCAGUCCAGAGUGAUUGCUCAUGCAUUAA